ACACACAAGGUUCUAUUCCGAUACGUAUCUCUCCCUGGUCAACAACGACCAAAGCUUCUAGUGUUGAAUGUGAAGACCAACAUCAAUUAUACGUUGGAGGAAGUACUCAUCUUGCUGAUUGCUUUGUCCACUCUCUUCGCCCUUGCACCACACAUCUACCUAUUUCCCACUAAGCCAGUUUUAAUUCCGAUCCCCUCUUACAAGUUUAUCCAUUUGCAUUUCUAAUUCCAUGAGACACUCAACGUUCUAUUACAUCUAAACAGGUGUAAAGGAUGGCUCCUUUCACUAUCCUAGACUCAGACGGGCCUUACGCUUCAUCGAAAUUCAUUAUCGCCCUACUCGUCCUGGUUGCUUAUUUCAUAUUCGGGGUGGUUCGCAAUCUUUUCUUCCAUCCUUUAUCCAAGAUACCCGGCCCCCCUGCAUGGUCAGCUUCGCGACUACCAUUUAUCUGGUCACUUCUUAGAGGCACUUUAAUCCACGAUGUUGAGAAGCUCCAUCGGAAGUAUGGGCCGGUCCUUCGUAUUGCUCCAGACGAAGUGACCUUCGCUGGAGAGGAAGCAUAUCAAGAUAUCUUUCAGAUUCGACCAGAUGGCAAACAGUUUCUCAAGGACGCAGUCUGGUGGGAGACACAACCGGGUCUUCCAGAAACGAUACUAAGUGCUAUUAACCCCGAUGCGCAUUCUCAUAUUCGGAAGAUUUUCGCCCCUGCUUUUACUCCACGAGCUUUGAGAGAUCAAGAACCGAUUUUGCAACGUUAUAUCAACUUGCUGGUAGAGCGUCUACGCGACCAGAUAGUCGUAGGUCCGGAGAGGAAGUCUGCCCGAGUCGAUCUUGUACCUUGGCUAAAUUUCACAACGUUUGACAUAAUCGGAGACUUGGGUUUUGGUGAUUCAUUCGACUGUCUUCAAAAUUCCCGGUACCACCCAUGGACUAAGUUAUUAUUCAGUUCCGUGAAGGCUGCUACCUGGGUUGCUUCGGCGCGUUUCUACCCCCUGGUUGAAUUCCUGCUCAUGAAAUGCAUCCCACCCUCUCUUAUGAAGACGCAAACAGACCACUACAACCGCAUUGCUAAUAAGGUCCAACAACGCCUUAACUUUGAAGUACAACGCCCUGACAUCCUGUCAGACGUGCUCAAGGAUGGCAAAGAGACAUUACCAAUUGGCGAGGUCAACUCUACAUUUAUGAUACUAACUACGGGCGGAAGUGAAACUACCGCCACUCUCGUAUCUGGCACUUUGAAUUAUCUGGUUCAAUGUCCACAAAAGCUCAGCAAACUUACUCGGGAAAUUCGGUCUCGUUUCCAAAACGAUAGCGAAAUCACCCUAGAUGCUCUGCGGGACCUUCCAUAUCUGAAUGCUGUCAUCAAUGAGGGCUUUCGGAUGUGUCCUCCGGUUCCAUGGGUACUCCCUAGGAGAGUGCCCGAGGGUGGAGGCGCAGUAUGUGGUGUAUGGCUACCGGAAAGAACACCGGUCUCGAUCCAAGCGUAUACAAUGAGUAGAGAUCCUACAUAUUUUCAUUCUCCAUCAUCCUUCGAACCGGAGCGCUGGCUACCAGAAGCAUCUACGAACCCACAAUCGCCCUUCUUCAAGGACCGUCGAGGGGCAGUUCAGCCGUUCAGCGUUGGUCCACGCAAUUGCUUAGGCCAACACAUAGCCAUGGCGGAAAUACGGCUCAUGCUCUCGAAGCUGGUUCGGACAUUUGAUUUUGAGGUCAUAGAAGAAGCGAAAGUGAAGUGGGAGGACCUUAGAGUAUUCUUGCUCCUCGAGAAGAAGCCUAUCGAGGUAAAUAUCAAGCUGAGCGAGGUUGCUUGAUGAGGCCAUAUCAAUUUAUUCUUAGAGGAAUUAUCUACUAUAUACUGACAAUGUGAUAUAUUGUGUGUAAAUGGACACAUCUUGGCUCGCAAUUAAUUAUGUAAUAGAUUUCAUAUUGCUUCCAUCCUGAGGAACGUCGUACUGAACGAGGCGUUUAUGUCGGAAAUGUUAACGCCGACGUUGAGCAAGCAGGGAAUAAAAUGGAUACCGGAGUGAAAAGAAGCAAUUCGCAGUCUAAGGGUUGAUAUUAUAGGACGAACUAAGGUUGUUGGUUGCCCACAUGC